ACACUUUCCAUAUAUUUUUUCACUUCUCACAACCAACCAGACCCAUUUCGUCUUCCCUCACUCGCAUACAAUUACAAUAACAAUUAAACAUAUAUAUACAUACAUUUAUGUAUGCUUUAUUCUCCAUUGUCGCUCGUCGCGUUGCUUACAUGUAAGAGACUCCGAUACUGAAACCGACGUCGUCCCGACCAAGCCUGGGACCGCCGACGAUCUUGCAAGAGAAGCCGGAGCUCCGUGAACCGGCGGUUCGGUUGGAAUGGACUCAGGCGAUGCCAAUACAGUAAGGUCCGAAACCAUGAGGGACUACGCGAGAGAGUUUCUCAAGGGCGUGGCGGAGAUGAGUGUGGAGUUCGGAAAAGGGUGUAGAGAUAUAUUCAAGCAGAGCUUGGCGAAUCGUGAUUCCUUCUUGGUUAGGAAGUUUGGGAAGGAGUCGUAUAUUGGGAGGAGGAUCCGAGGGCCAUGUGAGAAGAUUCGCUUGAAAUUGAGGUUCUUCAAUGAGUACUUGCCCGAGGACAAGGACCCACUUCACUCCUGGUCCGUGAUCUUGUUCGUACUCGUUCUUGCUUUUGCAGCAAACAAUUAUGCAGUCUUGAGUUUUACCAUGGAAUGGGAAUACUCUUCUUCUACGGCUCCCACUCCCACUCCAGUGACUAAGAAAAUGUACCUACACCCUCCUAGUGCCAACCGUGUAGUGCUUCCUGAUGGUAGAUAUAUAGCAUACAGGGAGCAAGGCGUUCCUGCUGAGAGAGCUAGAUUUUCUGUGAUUGCUCCGCAUGCUUUUCUUUCCUCCAGACUUGCAGGAAUACCUGGGCUUAAAGCGUCACUACUUGAAGAAUUUGGUGUUCGCUGGUUAACAUAUGAUCUUCCUGGUUUUGGAGAGAGUGACCCUCAUCCUGAAAGAACCCUCGAAUCUUCAGCGAUGGAUAUGUCACUCUUAGCUAAUGCUGUUGGUGUUACUGGAAAGUUGUGGGUUGUGGGAUACUCAAGCGGGAGCAUCCAUGCUUGGGCAGCGCUUAGAUUCAUUCCAGAAAAACUUGCCGGCGCGGCAAUGUUUGCUCCUAUGGUAAAUCCAUAUGAUCAAACCAUGAGUAGGGAAGAGAGACGUAGAACAUGGGAAAAGUGGACACGAUGGAAAAAAUUCAUGUACUUUUUAGCUCGAAGGUUUCCUCGAUUUCUUGCUUAUUUCUAUCAUAGAAGCUUCUUAUCUGGAAAGCACGGUCAGAUAGACAAGUGGUUGUCCAUGUCUCUGGGAAAGAGGGACAGAGCUUUAAUAGAGGACCCAAUCUAUGAAGAAUUCUGGCAGAGGGAUGUGGAAGAAUCAAUUAGACAGGGAGAUGUAAAACCCUUCAUUGAGGAAGCUGUAAUGCAAGUUUCAAAUUGGGGUUUCUGUCUUGCAGAACUUAAAUUGCAAAAGAAAGAGAGAGGCAAAGGUGUGCUUAAUUGGCUCAAGUCAAUGCUCAUUGUAGACCAGGAAGAGUACUUGGGCUUUCUAGGUCCAAUUCACAUAUGGCAGGGAAUGGAUGACAGGGUUGUUCCGCCAUCAAUGACGGAUUUUGUGCACCGGAUUCUACCAGGAGCUGCAGUACAUAAACUGCCAUACGAGGGACAUUUUACAUAUGUUUACUUUUGUGAUGAAUGCCAUAGACAGAUUUUCACAACACUCUUUGGAAUCCCACAAGGCCCUUUGAACGACAACACAGUAGAAGUGAAUCAAAGUCCCGUGGAAGAUGAGGCUGAAACAAUAGACAAGGUAACACCAAUUGAUUCUGCCACUGAUGAGAUUUGAACUUUUUUUCUACUUGGGGAAGCUGCUACUACUGUACAUACUGUAGCUAGUUCUGCUAUUCGUCCACCACAAAAUCAAAAUAGAAAAGAAAAUGUAAAAUUCCAAGUGUUCAGGUUUUAAGCUUCUAUAGGAAUCAUUUAUGGUUUUGAUCUGCGUUAUAUGAAGGAAACGUUGCCUAUACAACAAAAGUCAAUAUAGUCUGGUUUUUAAUUGUAA